UUGAACACGGUGUGUCUUGUCAACAACGCUCACACACCUCUGCACAAAAGCGCCAUGUUAUGGCCGUUCAGUCUCUUCAGCAAGUCCCCUGCUUCCGAAGAGCCACGCUUUGAGAAAACAGCACCAUACAUCAAGUCUCUCAUGCCCACUGUCACAAUCGACCAGCUUCUCAUCCCUGGCUUCGUCGACAAGUCGGUCAGCGACUGGCUCGACGGACUGAAGAAGGUUCACUUUGACGACAAGCAUCUAGAGAACCUCGAACGAUGUUUUGUCACAAGAAUUGACCAUGUAGCCCUCGCCGGGGAGGAAGCCCGGCGCGACUGGAAGGCGGUUCACGAGGCUAUCGCGCUCCAGUUCCACUACCGAACCCCAACCCUUGCGAGUCAUGGAACCCCUCGACAAGAUGAUACACGAGCAUUAAUGAUUCACCGGGUGCCAAAGGGGGUGGACGGUUCUAAGCAGCAGAAAAUCCAGGGCUCCAAACUCCUUUCAAGCAGCAAAGUGGCCGCCCAUGACGAAGUCCUAGUCCGCCUCAACUACGAUAACUUAAAAACCUCGGACAAACCUCCUCCUGACUUCUACCCGACGCCCAGGAGCACCAAGUAUUUCUCUAUGCGGCGCCUCGAGCCUCGAUUGGACGAGUUGGAGGCGAAAAAGAACGCGUAUCGUCGGGAGGUGGAUGAGGAACGGCAGGAAGCAGACCGCAAGCUAGCAGAGGAACGGCAGGAAGCAGACCGCAAGCUAGCAGAGGAACGGCAAGAGAUCGAGCGCAAGCUAAGAGAGGAGCGGCAGGAGAUCGAGCGCAAGCUAGCAGAGGAGCGGCAGGCACGGCAAGAGGAGCGGCAAGAAUCACAGCGGGAGGUCGCUGAACUGAGAGAACAAGUUCAACGUCUCGCGCAGGCAAUGUCUCAACUACAGCCAUCUUCGACCACUACCCCUUCAGGCGGGUCAUUGUAA